AGGCUGAGGCGAGCGUCCACCAGCCACUGUAGUGCGCUGACUUCCCGCGCGGUUCGACGCGUGAUGUGGUAGUGAGUGAAGUGACUGUGUGUGCUAUGAGCUCUUUAAGGUACUUCAGCGCAGGCGCGCUGUUCACAUUGGUUAUAUUGACAGAAUGUUUUGGGGCACACGACCGUUCCCGGCAGCGCUCUGGCCCGAUCAGGAGCGUUCCGGUCGCGGCGAGCGUCAAACGGGAGGUAGACUUCGAUUGCCCUGAGGAGUUCGGCUACUACCCUCACCCUACCGACUGCACCUUGUACUAUGUGUGCGUGUUUGGUGGCGCGCUGCUUGAAUCUUGCACUGGUGGUCUGAUGUACAGCCACGAACUCCAAACAUGUGACUGGCCACGCAACGUUGGUUGUGAUGCUACUGGUGCCGUGGUAGCCGAAGACUUGGAGCGAUUGAACGAGAGAGAGCCACCCCCUCCGCCUCAGCUCCGACGUAAUCCCCCUCCACCGCCGCGAGUUCAGCCCAAUCCUAUUGUAACUUCACGAGGCCAACCUAAGUACAGCCGACGGGAAGAAUACGAAAAACAGCAACAGUUAUAUGCCGAGGUAGAAGAUCAGCUACCACCAGUCGAAGAAAUCGAGACCGAUCGACAACAGAGAGUAUAUAGAGGUCAACCCUCUACUAUAGGACAGGUUCAAAAGGAUAGAGACGGUUACGCAGCGCAACCUAUUUCAUCUGGACGAACACUAAACGCAAACAUUAUUCCCGCUUCAAUAAAUCAGAACAGUAAAAUCGGAUCAUUUUCAUUUGGUACUCAGGUUGAUGAAAGAAGAGCGCCAACCGCCACUCCUGCACCUCAAACUUACAGUGGACGUACUCACGACAACGUGACUGAAACUUCUGACAGACUUCUUGACUUCAUGACUAACGAAAUUGAAACUGAUGAAAUAAGAGAAAAGAUUCAUUCUAGGCGAAAGCGCGGAAUUGUUGAUAGUACUUCAGAUUCUAACUCUAAAAACAAUUCAUACAUUGUAGAUAGAAAUGACAACGAUGAAACGAUGGAAUAUAUUGAAGAUGAUACAGAGUCUAUUUUAGAUUACAAUGAUGAACAAUUUGAAAAUGAAAGAGGAAAAAGACAAGUUAGAUAUUACACAAAAAAUGGUUAUAAAACUCCUACCAAAAGUUGGCCGAAUACGAAACAGUUAAAAUAUGUUGAUUUGCAACAAUAUAAUUAUAAUCCAAAUAUUCAAAGCUCUAGAUAUCAACAAGUAUAUACUAAUGACGAUUUAAGUAACGCUCAGCGUGCAUCAUCUGCAUCGAGUAAUUAUUUUCCAACCGGCAAUUCAUACCUCUCAUAUCAAACCGAUAAUUUUCAAUCCCAAAGACCGUUUAAACCUAGUUUACCGGAUAUACCAAAGCAGAAACAAUCGCCAACAAAUAUAAACACUCAAAUUAUAACAAAAAGUCCGCCGAUAUCAUCACUGCAUAACAAUGAUAAUCCAUUUUCUUCUUUAUCGGGUGGUUUCUAUAAUAAUAACCAGAAUAAUCAAAAUAAAUUUCACAAUUUUAAUCAAAACGGGCAGUAUUUAUAUCAAACAGUAACACCAAAAUACCCUUCUUAUCCCGACUCGUCUCAGUUAUCCAGUACAUUAGUCACUGGAAAACCUAUACAAGCUACUUCAACAAUCACGCCUGGUAAAUAUCAUUCAAAUUAUCAAAUCGCUAAUGGUCAACAAAAUAAAUUCAGUAAUAUAAAUGACCAAAACACUGUCAAUAUCAGGCCGCCUAAGGCUAAUGAAGAAUACGAUGACGAAGAUGAAGAGUCCGAUGAAGAUGAAGAUGAAUCAGAAGAGGGUACAAAUGAUAAAAGAACAAAUUUUGGGCCUAUUUCUUCACACAUACCGCAUGAUUAUAAAUAUCCUAAAAAUAAGUAUGCUAAUAUUGACAAUCCAUUCGCAAGUCCCGAUUUUAAUUUUGACGACUUUCUUUCUAAGCUGAGAGACAGUCACUAUUCUGUUGUAGGAAUAACAACAAACAAACCAAAACUUUUGCACACUGAUGGAUUUUCUUCUACUCCUGUGCAAAAUCAUAGGUUAACAUUCCCUACAUCUCCUACGUAUAAGGUAAUAAGCACCCCAAAGCCCUUUACACCUUCUACACAUUUAGGUGUUGUUCAUUCCUCGACACUUCAACCGCAACAAUUUCAUCAAUCCUUCAUCUCUCAAAACAAUCAACAUGCGAAAAUAAAACCACCGAAUUUUAAAGAUGAUCGUCAGUUACCUCUGACUCAUAAUUUCAACACGCCAUUUCAAAAUAAUAUUAACGAAUCACGAAGUACUUCACCAAAGAUUCAGGCCCAAUAUUUACAAGAAGUCACCCAAAAACCAUUUUUUACCGUAACAGGUCCUAAUGCCCUCCUGUCAAGUACAAGGAAUACAAAUUUCUUAAACCAUCCUUCACCUUUCGUUUCUAGUGAAAAUCCAUUUGUAACAUCAACAAUAAAGCCUAAUCAUCCAUAUGUUGUUACGUAUAAGCAGUCAACUCCUAAACCAUCUACAACAUUAGCAAGUCAACAAUUAGCUGCUCUUCAGCAUUAUUGGAAUAACCCGUCAACGGAGUAUUCACAAUUUUUAAAAUCGACUCUUAGACCGAAUUAUGUUUCUGAUAUACCAAAUUUAGAAAGUUUGUUUAAACAAAGCUUUCGUCCUUCUCCGCAAGUGAUAACGAGAGCACCGGAGACAGUUAGAAAUCCAGUUAUUACCACAACUUCAACCACCACUACUACCACAACUGUUGCGCCGCCCAAACGUAAACCUAUUCCAAAGCCAUCACCGGAAAUGAUUGAUUACUAUUAUGACGAUGAAGAUGAUCAAUAUUACUAUGAACCUGCUGUUAAACCUAAAUAUAUGCCAAGUUCUGAAGUAAAACCGCAACGGCCACCGAUGGCACAAAAUUAUCAGGAGUACGACGAUUUGAAUGAAAACAAAGUAAAUGCACCAGAAACUACAGUACUUUCCCGACCUCCACCACGUAGACCAAUAAAUUAUAAUUCAUACCAACACGACAGUGUGACUAAAAACCAUAAUGACGUAUCUGAUAUAACUAAGACACCCUUCAAACAAUCAUUAAAGAAUAUAAAUGGCAAAAUACCUGUUCCCGUUAUGAUGGAUUUCGUGACACCCAAUGGUAUGCGUCCCGAACUAAACGACAUAUCAAUGAUACACCACGUUUCACGUAAUCGUACUGUUCAUAUUAGAAAACCAAUGAAUAAUGACAAUCCUUAUACAUUAAGGCCACCUAAAUACUUAAAUCAAACAACAUUGAGGCCAUAUACAGUAAGGCAUAGAUUAGCUAAGCCAACUUCUGUAAAAGACACGUUGAGUCAAAGUGACGAUACGAGACAAACCAGAGGUAAAAUACGUCACCAUAACAUUGUAGCAGAAAUGAAAUUAACAACCCCAUCUGAUAGCUUACGACAAGAAACACGCUAUACAAAGACUAGUCAUGAUGACAAAACAAACAGUUUGGAGCCAACUGAGAGUGUUACGCCAUCCUCGUACUCCGCUAGCCCUCGGCCAAAAAUGCUAUAUAAUGGUUCUCAAUCUUACAUACCUGACCAAUACGAUCCAUAUUAUGCUGUUUACGACGAAGACGGUGAAUUGUACAAAGAUACAGAUUAUGAGCAGCAAUAUAACACAGCCUCGCUCCGACCGGCAGUCCAGCAGACGUACCGUGGCACGCCACCGCCCCCGCCCCCGCCGGCUCGCCGACCUGUUGAGACCUACACACCGCGACCUGUGCUCCCUGACGACUACGACGAUGCUUUAAUCCAAGGACAGAUAUCCAACCAAAACCAGUAUCAACCUUCGAUUAGACAACAGACAAGAUUGUCUACUGAUGAAAAUUCGUUUCGCGAAUCCGAUCCUACUGAAAGUUAUAAAUCUUUCAAUGAAUCCCAAACAACCGUUCCUCCAACAUUAUCUCCUGUCAUAAAUUUGUCAUCCCUUGCCAAACCCUUUGAAAAGACUGGUAACUCGAACAGGUUAAGUAAUGACGUAUCUUCUACUACUACUACUACUACUAAUUCACCGACUCGAAGGACUUCACCGAGGACAACUUCAAGCAAAAAAAAUAUCGUUGAAAUUGUACAUUCUGAUUCUAAUAAGACAAAUAAAAAAAUGAUAUCAUUAACAACAGGUUUUUCCAUCCGUCGAAACAUUAAUGACACAAAUAAUCCAUACACGGUAACAGUUUAUAGAACACCUCAAAAUUCUAGAAAUAGCGACAGUAAAAAACAUGACAUUCAAAGAUAUUAUUAUUAUGAUUUAAACAAAAAUAGCGAUACUUUGAAGAAGAAUGAAGAUGUAUUCAACAAUGAUCAAAGUUCUUCAACACGACGGAACGAUGCUAGUGUAGACGUUGAGGAAGUAACUAAAUACAAAAAGCCACUUAACAAAGUAACAUCUACUUCAAAACCAAGAAUUCUAAUAACUACUACACCCUCACCCACAGAUUCUACCAAGUACUAUUUAAAAACUGUUUUAAAACGUCCAGCUCAACAACUUACUAAAUUUGAAAAUAUUGACCAAUCUACAGAAAAUAACAUUAAAAACGAUGAACCUAUUGAAUCAGAAUUAGAAGACAUUAAUAAUGAUUAUAUUUUUAGUCCUUUAGAAUCAAGUACAGAGAAAAUUAAUGAUCAAUUAUAUACGGCUAAUAGACAAUGGGACAAACCUGUAAUAUCACCGUAUGAAACAUUAAAUAAUUUGCGAAAUAAAGAAACGGAUCAAGAUUUAGAUUACAUUUCAACAAGUACUACUACUAGCAGCACAACAACAAUCGCGCCAAGGCAAUAUUUAGACAGAUACGUAACAGAAAAACACUCACCCCGCAAGUCUUCUUACUAUACAUACCGAGUAGCAGAUGACGAUGUUCUAGAUCAAACAACAGAAAUGUUCAACGGAAGGGUUAAAAAUAUAAUUAAAACAUUUUUCAAUAGUUUACAAAGCACACCGAUUAUAGAAACAUCUUCACAUUUUUCUUCUUCUCCCCGCAACGAAGAAAUUGUUAAUAUAGGUUUCCAAAAAAAGAAAGUUAAAUAUGCGGACGAAAAACCAGUACGAAAUAAUAUCAAAUAUGUUCAAAUAAUUACAGAACCGGUAGCUAUAGCAGAAAUUGCUCCUACUUAUACGACUGUUGCAGAAGUAGUAAAAGAAUCAGAAGAUCCUUCCAUAACAACGUCAACGUUGAAUCCGUCAACAACAUUAGUUCAGUUUCCACAAGACCAACAAACACCACCGACGAUAUUAGAGAGUUCAACAAUUAACGACUUUGUAAAUAUACAAAAGCCUACUACUUAUGAAUCUAAAUUUAGUAAGCUUGUGACUAAUAAGCCACAUACAGAAAAAUCCCGUAAAUAUUCAAAAAUAAUUACUACUAAAGAACCUUCUACUGUAUACCCUAAUAGCUCGCCUUCAAAUGAAUAUCAGUAUGAACCUACAUCCGAACUAAAUAAACCAACUGAUAUUUCUAGUACGACACCUGACGAACUUCAACCUAUUAUUGUAAGUGACAUUGCUUCGACUACUAGUACGACUAAAUCGACAACGACCAUUAAAACUGAAUACGACUCGACGUCGACUAAGUCGACUUUACCUUUCCCAACACGGGUUUCGCGAGUCAAUCCCGCCAUAAAGUUAGCUGCGAAAAGCCUCGGAGGUGGGCGCAGGAGUUAUCAAUCGCCGCCAAAUUGCUCAACAGACAACCGUCUGCAAGCGAAUCCAAAAUGCAACGAAAUCAAAUACCAGAGACCAAGCAGUACACGCGGACGUGGUUCCGCACAUUACUCUACUUCGGGUGGAUCUGAAACAUCUCAACAAACACCUAAUAGAGGAACUCCACCAACACGGAGUCGUCCUACAUUGAAACCAUCGACAGCUAUUGUUUCUAAAACUUCAGAAAGUGUUGAUAUUUACACCAACCCGCCUAAAAGACCUUCACCUGUGUAUCCUCAGCCAACGCCUGAUAAAACUGCAGCCAAAUGUAGAAAGGACGUAUGCCUCUUACCAGAUUGCUUCUGUGGCGGAAAAGAUAUACCCGGAAAUUUACCCGCUGACGAAGUACCACAAAUUGUACUUGUAACUUUCGACGAUGCCGUGAACGAUUUAAAUAAAAUGUAUUAUGAAGAGCUCUUUGAGAGGGGACGAGUUAACCCUAAUGGUUGUCCCAUUACCGCUACUUUUUAUGUAUCUCACGAAUGGACCGAUUAUAGUCAAAUACAGAAUUUAUAUGCAGAUGGUCACGAAUUCGCCUCCCACACUAUAUCUCAUAGUUUUGGUGAGCAAUUUUCUCAAAAGAAAUGGAAUAGAGAAGUAGGUGGACAAAGGGAAAUAUUGGCCGCAUAUGGUGGAGUAAAAUUGGAGGACGUGAGAGGCAUGAGGGCACCUUUCCUGUCUGUUGGUGGUAAUAAGAUGUUCAAAAUGCUGUACGACUCCAACUUUACCUAUGAUUCAUCUCUGCCUGUGUACGAAAAUAGACCACCUAGCUGGCCAUAUACUCUGGAUUAUAAAUUAUUCCACGACUGCAUGAUUCCACCCUGUCCGACUAAGUCAUACCCAGGUGUUUGGGAAGUGCCUAUGGUUAUGUGGCAAGAUCUUAAUGGUGGCAGAUGCUCAAUGGGUGACGCCUGCGCCAACCCUCCAGAUGCUGAAGGAGUUUAUAAAAUGAUAUUGAAGAACUUUGAUAGACAUUACACAACUAACAGAGCCCCGUUCGGUCUAUUCUAUCACGCUGCUUGGUUCACUCAACCACAUCACAAGGCAGGUUUCAUAAUGUUCCUAGAUUUUAUCAAUAAAAUGAAGGACGUUUGGAUUGUAACGAACUGGCAAGCUAUCCAGUGGGUUCGUGAUCCAACACCAAUAUCAAGGUUGAAUAACUUCCAACCUUUCCAGUGCAAUUAUCAGGAUCGUCCCAAGAAAUGUAACAAUCCUAAAGUAUGUAAUCUCUGGCACAAGUCCGGAGUGAGAUACAUGAGAACAUGUCAACCGUGCCCAGAAAUCUACCCAUGGACAGGGAAGACCGGAAUCAGGUCUUCUCGCAUCGACAACGAAAUAGAAGAGAAAUAAAUAUUAACUAGUAGAAGAUCUCGUAUCCAUCUUUGAUAGUGAUCCUAUGAGAUUUGUAAAAACGAUUUUGUAGCCAAUGAGGCAAGGAUCAUUUUACUAGACGUUUAGUAGAAAUUGUGUUGUCACCAACUCGAAGAGUGCCAUGUAGGUUUUGAUGGUCACAAAGAAAACGAUGGUAUACAAUUUCGUUGAAGAUGUGAUUCGAUAUUUUUAGUAAAUACACUAAUUAUUAUUGACGAUAGUAAAUGCGUAUUGUAUUGGAAACUGUGAUAUUGUAUGUUUUCAAUCAUCUAGGAUGAGAAAUACUUCGAAAACUACCUAAAAUAUAAUUAUUUAAGAAUUUGGUAUUGUAGAAUGAAUACAUGGUGCAAUGAUUAUUUGCAAUACUUCCAUUUUCAUAUUUACGUCUAUUCACAAUAACUUUUUGUUUCUUUAUAUUUCUCCAAGUAAAAUCUGAAUUCAUUUCAACAAAUUAAUUUUUCUGUUUUUUCGAUAUUGUUAUACAAGAGCCAUAUUAAAAUUUAGACGUUCUUAAAUCUUGCCAGCUUUGUGGUUGACACUGCCUUUUUAUAUUGAAUAAUUGUAAAUAUAGUGUUAGCGUUUUGUACUAGGAUAGGUAUUUAGACUUUUAUAGAACGAUGCAAAUACUAUGUAUGUAAUUGGACCUUUAGGAAAAUAAUGGAAAAUUCUGUUGCGCAGACGUCUGACUACAUCGAUUUUAGAUGAAGCACAUGUCUCUGCGACUGAAUAACGAAAUUCUACUUUUCAUCCAUUCGUUUUCGUAAAAUAUCAAAUUCACUACAAUGUAGGUUUAUAUCACGAUUAGUUUAACGCUUUUUUCUACUGCAACGCAAAUUAAAAGGCGCUUACUAUAAAUUUAUUAUACAGAAGUAAUAUUUAUAAGUAUUAUUGUAAAUAUAGGAUUAGUAUUUAAAAUUGGUAGUACCGUUUUGUACGAUGAAUUUAUUUGAUUGUGUAUUUUAUAUUUUUAUUCACCGGCAAUUUCAUUAUAUCUCAAAUCUUAGAUUUGGAAUCUUUAAUAUUAUAAUUAGUUUCCAUUUAAAUUCAUGUUAAACUUACUUGAAUAGAAAUGUGAUUGAAUGUCAUGUGCUGAAAAUAAAAUUUAUUUAAUUUAA